GACGCCCCACCUCCCGCCCGACGCCCCCAGCGCUCCCUCCGGCGGGUCCGGGAACCGAGCGAGGGGCGGGGCUCGCGAGGCCACGCCCACCAGGGGGUCUUUUAAAGGUGCCGCACUCGCGCGGAUCCUCUGCGCACUCCCUCCGACUGCGCUGCCCCAGCUCUGCCCGCGGUGCGUGGUCCAGCCUCCAGCUCGAGAUGCCCGUCUGGGGGUGUGGAAACAAGUGCGGGGCCUGCGGGAGGACCGUGUACCACGCGGAGGAGGUGCAGUGCGAUGGGCGGAGCUUCCACCGCUGCUGCUUUCUGUGCAUGGUUUGCAGGAAAAACUUAGAUAGCACAACAGUGGCAAUUCAUGAUGAAGAGAUCUACUGCAAAUCUUGCUACGGAAAGAAGUAUGGGCCAAAAGGCUACGGGUAUGGCCAGGGCGCUGGCACGCUCAACAUGGACCGGGGCGAGAGGCUGGGCAUCAAGCCAGAGAGUGUUCAACCUCACAGGCCGACUACAAACCCCAACACUUCGAAGUUUGCUCAGAAGUACGGAGGUGCUGAGAAGUGUUCCAGAUGUGGGGAUUCUGUGUACGCCGCUGAGAAGAUCAUCGGAGCAGGAAAGCCCUGGCACAAAAACUGCUUCCGCUGUGCCAAGUGUGGAAAGAGUCUUGAAUCAACAACUCUGACUGAGAAGGAAGGUGAAAUCUAUUGUAAAGGAUGCUAUGCAAAGAACUUUGGGCCCAAAGGAUUUGGCUAUGGCCAAGGAGCAGGAGCCCUCGUUCAUUCUCAGUAAAGGUGUAAACCCAGAACCGAAAUCACACACUGAGAAUCUCGACAUAAUCUAGGCACAGAAAAUCUAACACUAAACUACUGUGAAAUUCUACCAGCACUUAUGUACUGUAUAUUGCCCUGUACUUGGAUAGGCUGGCCCACUAGUAGGAAGAGAGCACUGUAUCCUUUUGCUUUAUCCUUCAGCAUUUUCAAGAACCAUUUCUUUUACACUUUAAAUAAAACUUCAGCUGGA